CAUUAAAAGCUUAAGUUGCUUUUCCCACUCUCCAAAGUUGCGCUGUUAUCUUAAUUAGUAGCUCCCCCACCUAUUUAUUUUCUCCCUAUCCAUCUUUAUAAUUUCUUGCAUAUUUAUAUAUCUAAUAGUCGAAUUUUCUAUAUAUCUUCUUCAGUCCUGAUCAUAGCGACUUGUACAAAUUGUGAAAAUGAGCGCAAAGGCUAACAAAGAAAGCAGAAUUAAGAAGUGCAUAAAAGCACCCAUCAGAGUUUUAAUUAAAGCCAGGGAUUUUUAUGUCCAUAGCCUGAUGGAUUGUUCUGGUACAAUUGGCUAUGGAACUGUUAUGGGUUGUCCUGCUGUUGCGCAAAUCUCCUCUUUGCCUAGAAGUUUCAGUGCCAAUUCUUCUUUGUCAAGUAAGGAUGAAGAUUUCAGGGAGCUGGUGCGAAUUGCUUCGAAAAGGAGUCUUGUAAACAAAGUGGAAACGGAGAUUCUGAGGCAAAAAUCACUUGCUAAAAAUGGGGUGAAUAUUAAUGUGGUAGCUAGGAGUCGUUCUGUUGCUAUUGGAAGAAUUGAUGAAGAUAAGCCGUGUGAUUUUGGUGAGGAUGUUAAAGUGAAUACAGAUGUGUUUCAAAGAAGUAGAAGCUAUGCUGUUUCUUCUAGAAGAAAAGGGAUAUUGUUCUGAAACAGAGUGCUAUAAGGGAAGAAAAUUUGGAAGAAGGGAAACAAGGCCAGCUGUUGUAAUAGUUUCUUCUUACUGUUUCUUGGAUUGUUUUUGUUAUUCCUCUUUCCUUGUUGUGAUGGUAUACUGUUGCAUAUACAUGUUCACUUACUUGUCAAUUCUCCAUGUAAUGAACUCAACAUCUUUCAUUCUCAAGUUGCCCUGCUUCUUCCUGUUGUUCUGUAAAGGGUAAAUUAUUCAUGUAUUAGGAGUAACACAACUAAUAGUACUAUCUUUGGGAGCGCCUUUAGUUA